GUUACUCUCAGCUUCUAAGCCUCAGAGAUGACUGACGCAUGCAUUGUCUCACUGUAUCUCUGACAAACUAGAGGAUCUGAAAUCGGAGUGCUUGGACUGAAUUUAUACAUUGUAUAUUGUUUUUUCAGAUCAGUGGAUUGAAAAUGGACACAUGUCAACUGGUGUCUCCUGAUUUCUUACCAGAGGAACGGCUCGAGAUUGAAAACCUCAAGCUGCACAAGCAGGACCUCCUGGCUGACAUCCAGAAACUAAAAUGGGAGAUCGAGAACGUAAUGGCCGAAAUUCAGGACUUUGAGUCUUCUGAAGAGAACAAAGUACUCGAGAGAGGGAAGCAGAUUUCUAGGGGCAAGAAGAAAUUCAACAUGGAUCCAAAAAAGGGGAUCAAUUACCUAGUGGAAAAUAACCUGCUGGAGUGGAAUCCCCGGAGCGUUGCUGAGUUCCUCUAUAAAGAGGAAGGUCUCAAUAAGACUGCUAUAGGAGACUUCUUGGGUGAAAGAGAGGAGAUGCACCUACGGAUCCUGAAAGCUUUUGUGGAACUUCAUGAGUUUGCAGACCUCAACCUUGUCCAAGCACUAAGACAAUUCUUGUGGAGUUUCCGCCUUCCUGGUGAGGCGCAAAAGAUCGACCGUAUGAUGGAGGCCUUCGCUACUCGCUACUGCGAAUGUAAUGUAGACGUCUUCCAGUCCACUGACACCUGUUACAUCCUCUCAUUUGCCAUCAUUAUGCUGAACACCAGCCUGCACAACCCCAACGUGAAGGACAAGACCACGCUGGAGCGCUUCAUCAGUAUGAACAGAGGCAUCAACAACGGAGAAGAUCUUCCCAACGAACUUCUGACGAAACUGUAUGAGAGCAUACGGAAUGAGCCGUUCAAAAUCCCAGAAGAUGAUGGGAACGAUCUGACGCACACUUUCUUUAACCCUGACCGAGAAGGUUGGCUUCUGAAACUGGGUGGACGAGUGAAGACAUGGAAGAGAAGAUGGUUUAUCUUGACUGACAGCUGCCUUUACUACUUCGAAUACACCACGGACAAGGAACCGAGGGGGAUCAUUCCUUUAGAGAACCUCUGUGUCAGAGAAGUGAACUACACCCGCAAACCGUACUGUCUGGAGCUGUAUAACCCCACAAAUAAAGGACAAAAGAUCAAAGCUUGCAAGACAGAGACAGACGGUAGGGUGGUGGAGGGAAAACACCAGAGCUACAUGAUCUGCGCUUCAACAGCGGAGGAGAGAGACGACUGGAUCGAGGCUAUCAGGGCGAGCAUCACGAAGGAUCCAUUUUACGACCUGGUUUCAGUCCGAAAGAAGAAAGUCAUCAACCAUAAAGCAUCAGAGGACUGACCAUGGCAGAGCACCAAAAGGAUAUGGAGUGAGAUGUGAAGAACACAGCGAUCUGUGUGGACAGAAAUGUGUAUUCAUUACUCUCAUCGCUGUGAUUACCUCGAACAGGAAGUGACAAGAAGCAGUCCUUUUCUGUUUAUGUUUCUAUGGAACUAAAACAGAAGUUUGUAGCAACAAACCCAGGCCUCUUAUCUGUUUGAAAUUGCCUUGAAAGCUCUUUGAAAAAAGGUCAUCUAAAGGCCUUGAGACUGCAGGUUUGAGAUCUAAGUAUUAUGAAUGCACUUUCAUUGGUCUCCUGGACUUUUUUGAAAAGUGUGCUUUCCUUGUGGGAAAUGAAGCCUCCUCAGUGAGAUGGUCCAUGUAGGAAGUGUGUAGUGUAUGUUGUGUUUACUCUUUUUCUUUACAACACACAAUCUAUUGACUCUAGGACUUAACACCAGCUUGGCCCUUUGAUAUUUCAACACUUUUUUUGUAUUAAACAACUAAUUCCUGAAAAAACAUAAUGUAAAUAGAUGUAAUGCUAUAGAUUUUAUUCAAAUCACAAAGAUGAACUGAUUUCAUCAUCAGUUAAGCACAUAGUGAAGAUUGAAUACAGAGAUUGCACACUUCGGUUUUUAGACUUCUAAUACACACAUGAGGUAGGAGAAAUGUUUGAGUAAACAAUGCCAUUUGAGGACAUACAAUAUAAUAACAUUAUUGAUUAAUACAUUUUGGGAAUCAAGCUGAAUUCUGAAUAAGCGAACAUUUCCAUGUUCGAAAUGUUGACAUGAAUGUUUGACCUCGCCAGCUCAUUCAUGAAAGAAAAAAGUCACAGUACAUAUGAGAAAAUAUCACUUGACAGUAGAGGAACAAUGUUUGAUAUGUGUUGAUGUUAAAACAGUGCUUUUUUGUGGGUGGAUUUGAAUUAAAUAUAAGUUAUAAAAUAUUUAUACAAUAAUUUUCCACACAAUAUUUGAGACAUAGUACAUUUUUGAAAGGCAGCUCUAUAUGAAAUGUAACUAGCUCCUGGCUAGAAAAAAUAGAUACUCAUUUUUGAGUCAAAAAUGUGUGUAAUUUUUAUUGAACAACAACAAAAAAAUAAAGUGCAUUCUUGUUCAUAGUAAAGAUUUAUUCAGAGCCACUCAAGCUACAGCAUGGUUAAAAAGCUACUAGUGGAAAGAUUAAAUAAAUAAAUGUAAAUCAAAAAAGUAUUUCAUUGCCUGUAUUCCAGCAUCGCAAUGAAUCUAAAAACAACAACUUGUCCAUGUUGUGUAAGGUUAGAAAUUUCCCCACUGUGGGACAAAUAAAGGUUUAUCUUAUCU